UUCAGUGACGUGAACUAUUCAAGUUUUCUAGAUUUGUGAAAGUUGAUCUUAAAUAGUAAGAAUAUACAGAUAAAUACUUUAAAAUUAUUAACUAUGUUUUUAUUUUAUUUAGUAAAGUCUAGUGAAUAGAUAUAUAAUACGAUGAGAAUAUUUUAACACAAAUUGUAUGUAAAACAAAUAGUUUAACAUGUCAAACAACAAUUUUUGGAAUAAUGAUUCUUAUUCAAAUAUUCCACAGCCUAAUGAAAGUUCUCGACAAAAUGAUGAAUGGAGUUGGGGAAAUGAGUGGAGUUAUGUAGACCAAUCAGCCAAAAAUAAAUCUUUAAAUACACAGCAAAACACCAACCCACAAUCUAUUGAAAAUUUGGAUACUUCACUGAACGACAGCUAUAGUAUUUCAGCUGCCACUAAUGAAUCUACCCAACCUACAGUUACCAAUUGUGCUGUUAGUAACAAUAUUGAUAAUAGAAUGGAAAAUGGUCAGCAUAAUUUUGCAAUGCAUAGUAAUAAUUGGUUUGAGAAAUCGGACAGCCAAUCAGAAUUAUUUAGUAAUACAAAAGCAUACUCUAACAUACAUCCAGAAAAUGAUGUCAAUAAGAAGUUUAUUAAUGUUGUUGAACAUGAAGAUAAUUUUUGGGCAGAUGUUGAAAACAGAGAAAUAUUACCACCAGAGUCAUUUCAAAAUGAGUCAAUUCAAGUUGCUAUGAAUAGUUUACAGAUCAAUAAUCAUAACAAAGUCAUAGGUUCUAAUACUUGUGAUAGCAUACCAAUUACAAAUGUGGAUAGAAAUAAUUACACAAAAAAUAAUUCUGUGGAAAAUGAUGGUGAUAGACCACCAGUUGGACUUCAUAGAUUGGUCACUGGCCAAACAAAAUCUUUUGAAGAUAAUUCAGAAAAUAAAGAUUUUGAAUCAUGUGGUCCUCAACCUUUUGAUGUUCGCACAGUACCUGGACAACUAAGUGAUGAUGAUAUUCCUACGCAGCGGCAUGUAACAGGCUCACAAAUUGGAGCUAGGUCAAUUGAUAACAAUUUAAAUUUACAAAAUCAAGACAAUAAUUCAGUUACACUUAAAAGGCUCCCAUCAUUAGAACACUUUCAAAAUCAGUUUGAAGGUCAUUCUCGUCAAGUUUUACAUAGAGAUUUUGAAGACUUUGUUAAUCAGACCUCUGAUAAUCAGAAACUUGAUGAAUCAGUCAAGACAGAUAUAGACGAUUCGUUCAGAAAUGAGUCUCAUUCUGAAUUAAAAGAACCGACUACAGUCAUUAAAAAGAGUCGGCCCAGAGUUCAAGAUCCUGAGGUUUUUGAACGAACUGGACCAGAUGGAUAUAUGAAUGAAACAAGCCCUUAUAUAAGGUCAACCGUUCAAAACCAUACAAAACCUGGUAUUGAUUCACAUGAAAAUAAUUUAAAAUUAUCAAGUUCCAAUCAACUUGACACUACAGAUAGAUUUCAAAAUUAUGACAAAACAGAAAAAAGAAAUGAAAAGAAGCAUCCCCCACCACCUGGUUUUCAUAGAAUGGUUGAAGGUAAUAUUGGAGAAGAAGGUGUUCAAAAAUAUAGUCAACCAAGGAAUAACCAAAAAAAUGAUGAACAUCUGAGACGGCAUUCCAUUGAUUCUGAUUCAUCAGUACCUAUGGCAAAUAUUGUAUCCGAAGAAGGUCAUAAAAAUGCAAGAAGAGGGUUACAACAAAAAAAAUAUAGCAAAAAUUUGGAACGUUACCAGAAUCGUGAUAAAAGACCACCUUACAGACAUCGUAAAGAAAGUGAAGAAGAUUAUUUUUAUGAAGAAGAAGAAGCAAAUAAUUCACAGAGUCCAGAUGUUGAACCGGAAUAUAGAUCACACAGAUCUCGAAACCAUCAAUUUAAACACUACAAACAUAGAAAUCCCCAUGAAAACUACGACCACUCGGACCUAGAAUACCAAAGCGAGUAUGAUGAAUUUGAUGAAUAUGAAAGACGAAGACGUUAUAGGAGUCCUGAAUCUGAUCGUUAUAGAAGACCCCCUGUGAGGAGUUAUCGUGACAGGCGAUAUCAAGAAGAAAUAAGUAAUAACUAUUUUAAAAGAGAAGAUUCAAGCUAUCGAAAUAGACCUUCAAGUAGGACUGAUUCUGAUUAUCAUAGAAGAUACUCACCGGUUCCGAUUCAAGAUUGUAUGGCUCAAAUUGAUAUGCUUAAUCCCGUAGAAAAAAAAAAAUACCUACUGAAAUUUAGAGAAAGAGAUCCUAAAGGUUAUACAGAAUGGUAUGCAAACUAUAAAGCAAAAGUGGAAAUGCAAAAGUUGUUAUCUAGAACAAAAAAUGGUUCACAAUGUAGCACUCCUAUAUCCACUCAAUCACAUGAUAUAGGUCAUCUAAGUAAUGUGUUAGAACAAGAAAGAGAAAUUCAUCGAACAACACCUCCUAGGUAUCCCAAGUAUCACAUAAAUGCAAAAAUGAGUAUGGCCUUUGGGAAAUUGUUUUUAUUAGAUUCCUCGAAUGCAACUUUGAGCAUUAUUAAAAUUUCUCCUGAUCCUGAUGAUACUGAAGCAGCUGAACUCUACAAAUUUCCAUCGCCUUUUGUUUUAGGUAAAACACAUAAAAAUGUAGUAACUCAGUAUUUGAAUAAACUAGUAGAAGAAGUAUCAAAUAAUUCUGAACGUCUGUUGUAUGAAUUGAUAAGCAUGAUAACAAAACGAAGUGGUAUUGUUGAUGGAACAGAUAUAUCUGAAAUGCUUAUGGAAAAUGUUGCUAAAUACCCAGUUGAGGGUAUUUUGUUUGAGAGUAUGAGCAUGAAAAAUAUUAAAGAAAUGUCAGGUGAACCGCUUAAACAUUUUAGAGACUUACUUUUACAAGGAAAUAAAUCAGAAGCAUUAGAAUUUGCUAUACAAAGUCAAAACUGGGGAUUAGCUUUUGUGUUAGGUUCUUAUAUGGACUUGAAGACUUUUAAUUACAUUAAAUCUAAAUUUUUCCAAACUAUUCCUUCAAAUGAUACAUUACAGACAUUUUUCCAACUUAACAGUGGAAAAGUACCAUCGUGUACUACAUGUUGUACAGACAGUACAUGGGGUGAUUGGAGAGAGCAUUUAGCGAUGAUUUUGAGUAAUCAACACGUGAACAUUAACAAUGCAUAUAAUGCAAUUUUACAGCUUGGUGACACAUUAGGCGCAAAAGGUGAUAUUUUUGGUGCCCAUUUUUGUUAUUUAACUUCUUACAUGCCAGUGGAGCCAGGGAUGCCAUCUAAGUUUACUCUGUUGGGGACAUCUUCUAAUCAACCUUUUAACACUAAUACCAGCAAUCGUGUCAUAUUAAUUACAAGUGCUUAUGAGUUUGCCAUUCGAUUAAACAACAGCAAUUUCUUCAUCCCUAGUCUUUUGCCUUACAAAUAUUUAUUAGCAGUUCGUCUAGCUGAGUAUGGUGAAUGCGAAUAUGCUCUUCAGUAUUUAGAGGCCAUUGCGACACAAGUAAUUGCAUCGCCUAUCUCGGUGAACACAGGAUUUGUGUCUAACAUUGUGGACCUUGGUACAGAUUUGCAUUAUAUGCAAAUGUCAAAUAUCAACCUGUCAGGAGUAAUGGAUACGUUAGAUUGGUUGGAAGAUUUAAAACAUGUUCUGUCGAAUUCAGGCAGUAAUUACAAUGCUGAAAAUAAUGUAAAUAAUGUUCUACCAACACAGCAAAUAGAACAACAAACAAAUCCUAUCAAUUAUUCAAACGAACCAAUUGAACCAUAUGAACAACAAAAUAUUCCAGAUUUGAACGUUGAUCAUUCCGUUAACUAUGAACCACAAACUCCACCUCAAGAACUUCCUCCUCAAGUUGUACAACCUCCCCCAGUUAAUCCAUAUUGGCAACCAAGUGCUGUUUCACAAGCAAUAAUUGAACCGUCAUUACAAGCCGAAUUUACACAAUAUUAUGACCCUUCGUCCAUAUCAGGAGAUGUAAAUAUUCAUAAUAAUCAAAAUGAAAUGACAUCAGAAAUUUCUACAAUUUCUCCAGAUCUGACAUUGACAGCUGCUGAACCAGAGAAUACAGUAUCAACAAAAUCAAAAUUUGGUUUUUAUGAUCGCCAAAUGGCUGAACUAGAUCCAAAGGUCCCUAGUUCGAAUGCGAAUAAACAACCAGUAAAAAAACCAGAGGACAAUAAACGAUCACAAAAAGAAAAAAAUUCAUGGCUUGGUGGGCUAACAAAGUUUUGGAAACCUUCAAACAAUAAUGAUACAAUUGGAGAAAAUUUUGGAAAUGACUCAGCUCCCCAGCAGGCAGCUCCUCCCAUGGAUUCUGAAUUAAAUUUUAACCCAGUAGCUAAUAGUUCUCCAGCUAAUCAAACACAAAAUCAAUUUAAAAUACAGCGAAAACGAGGCGCGAAAGACAUGUAUGUGAACGUAAUGAGUAACAGCAAACAGACGGAAAAUGUUUUGGCAGCAGAUCCGCUAUUUCAACCGAAUCAACCACCAACAGCUAUUUACAAUCCAUUCUAGUGAUGACCCAAAACGGAUUCUGUAAUGUGGUCGUUUCAGCAAAAAUUAUAAAAAUGAAUUGGCCAGUGGAAAAAUGUAUUUGAUAUUAUAAAACAAAUGUAUUAAGCAUGAUGUAUUCAUCAAUAUAGGAAUCUUACCUGGGUAUUCUACUUGUGUUAUAAUAUAUGUAUUUUUUCAUGUGAUAUUAUGGUUACAGUAUUUCAUGUAUUGAUUAUGUUAUAUUUGAAUAUUACAUACAAAUUAUACUUUUAUCUCAAAUUUACAACAUCAUAUUAUGUAUAGUUAUAAAUUAGUAUUAAAAAAAUACUUUUAAAAAACAUUUAACUAUCCAUAUAAUGUGUUGAAUUUAUUUAAAAUUAAGGAAUAUUGUGGGUUUUAUAAUAUUACGUUAAUAUUUGUUGUGAAUUAUUGUCUUGUAGCUACAACAAAAUUAUUCUUAAUAUGAUGUUGUAAUCUAUUAUUUGUUAUGUAUUAUAAUAAGUUGUCCAAUUUUAAUCAUUUUUGGGGUGAAUGUACAUAAUUAGGGGUUUUAUUUUAUUAUAAUAAUAGCAUUUACAGUUAUUAAUAUAAAUAAAUUGUCAUAUUAAUUGUUUGUAAGUAUCAAAAAUCUAUUUGAUGUAUAGCUAAGACUUUAAAGUUAAAUAUAUUUAAAAUAUUAUGUAAAACAAAAUAGUUAAUUAUUUAAAUAUUUAUUAUUUCGUAAGGUAUUCUUUUUUUUGUUUUUAGCUUUGACACAACAUUGUGGGAAGCUAUUAAUUCUGGUUCUGACUUGUCUUAGUUUUAAGUCUGUCGUAAAUGUAUUAUGAUGUUAAGAAGUUAAAUCUUUGUGAAGUAACCCUCCACUUUCCCAAUUCGUCUUUAUAUAACGUAUACAUAUGAUUUUAUAAUCGUAUAACAAAACGUAGAAUAAUCAAUUUUCAAUUUAUUUAAUUCCACAAAAAUAAAAAUUACAUUUUAACUACCAGUUUAA